GGAAUUGAGCGGACGACAAUUGGGCUAAUAAUACUUUUAGCCAACGCUUCUACGCCACCGUUUAAUCCUAUAAUAAUAAUAGUGUUUCAAAUCACCUCAGUUUCAGGACUAAUAGAUUUUGCCAGAAAGCCGAGAAGCAGAAGCUAACCAUUGAGGAUGAUUAUAUUCUGCUGUUGGGGAGUCCACUGUAAGUGUUAAGCGAGCGCGAGCCAGGCAUGUGUACGGGCUCGGAUUCAAAGUCGGAUCCUAACUCAAACGGGUGGAGCCAAGCUCGUGGAGCGGUUCUCAAGUCGUUGGCGCUAAUUGGAGGUGCUUUAUUGUUACGGCGGUUAACUAAGUCGACUACACGUUGGGACCAUGCUCGAAUUGUAGCUGACUCACUUAAUGGCGAAAAGUUUUCAAAGGAGCAAGCAGUUAGGGAUCCUGAUAAUUAUUUUAAUUUCAGAUGGCUUUCCUGUCCUGCUGCAGACAUGGUAGAUGGCUCUAAGGUUCUAUAUUUUGAACAGGCAUUUUGGAGGACACCCCAUAAACCGUUUAGACAAAGAUUUUUCAUGGUCAAGCCUUGUGCAAAGGAGUUGAGAUGUGAUGUUGAGGUAAGCACAUAUGCUAUCAGAGAUGCAGAGGAGUACAAGAACUUCUGCGAUCGCCCUCGGGACCAGCGUCCACUACCGGAAGAAGUUAUUGGGGACAUUGCUGAACAUUUGACUACCAUUCAUCUAAAGCGCUGUGAGCGAGGGAAACGGUGCUUAUAUGAAGGUUCAACACCUGCAGAUGGAUUUCCUAAUUCAUGGCAGAAUGGUGCGACACACUGUACCUCAGAACUAGCUGUGUUGAAGAAUAAUGAGAUACAUGCCUGGGAUAGAGGCUAUGAUGAUGAUGGCAAUCAAGUUUGGGGUGUAAAAGGAGGUCCUUAUGAAUUCAAGCCUGCUCCAGCUUCAAGUUUUGAUGAUGUGCUGAAUCCUUUGAGUUUUGCUUCACAACCCGUGGGGAAAAGAAUAGAGGGUUCAUUUGUCCUCCAGGAAUGAUUUCUCGUUAUAUAUUCCCCCCUUGCCCCCACAAUGUAAAUCAUAACUCAAUUAGUAUUAUGUUUAAAUCUUAGUAAAUCACAACUUAUUUUUUAGAAU